AUGGCGGCGGCACCGAGGGAGGCGGCGGGGCGGGGAGGGGGCGGUGGAGAGCGGCAAUGGCGGCGGGAGGGGAGCGAAUGUCCGACCCCCCCUCCCUCAGGUGUCAUGGCGGCCUUCGCUCCCCUCACGGCGGGCUCGGCCCGGAGCGGCCACAAAUCGCUGGUGAUCCCCGAGAAGUUCCAGCACAUUCUGCGGGUGCUCAACACCAACAUCGACGGGCGCCGCAAGAUCGCCUUAGCCAUCACCGCCAUCAAGGGGAUUGGGGCGCUGUGGGGACACGUGGUGCUGCGCAAGGCUGACAUCGACCUGACCAAACGCGCCGGGGAGCUCACCGAGGACGAGGUGGAGAGGGUGAUCACCAUCAUGCAGAACCCGCGGCAGUACAAGAUCCCCGACUGGUUCCUCAACAGGCAGAAGGACGUCAAGGACGGCAAAUACUCCCAGGUCCUGGCCAACGGUUUGGACAACAAGCUGCGCGAGGACCUGGAGCCUGAAGAAAAUCAUGCCGCCCACCGCUGCCUGCGCCACUUCUGGGGGCUCAGGGUGAGGGGGCAGCACACCAAGACCACCGGGAGGCGCGGCCGCACCGUGGGCGUGUCCAAGAAAAAAUGAGGAAUUUUGGGGAAUUCCGGGAAUAAAAAUGGAGAUUUUUUGGA